AUGAGAAAAAAUCGUGGUGUUCAUCAGAUAAAAGAUCAUUCCGUUGUUGAAACAAAACGACAUAAACCGUGCUUGAACUUUUGCGUUUAUCGAUAUAUUCAAGAUAAAAUACAAAAUCGUACGAUUUAUCGCCGUUGUGAAAAUCGAACACAUUGCGAUGGUCGUGCACAUCAACUAGUCGGAAAUGCUUCUUCCCUCAUUCUGACAAUUAAAUAUAAUCAACAACCUUUUCUGAAUAAUCUCAUCAUGAAUCAAACUGGAACUAUUGAAAGUCUGAAUCGUCAACAACGACAUUUCAAAACAUCCUUUUUUCAGGCAAAUGAAGAAGGUAGUGAUGAUGAAGAACGAGGGCUAGUAGAUAGAACGAGGGCAGUGGAUGAGGGAGGAUGGGACGAAGCCGACGGGUCGUCGAAGAAGGAAAGAAAUGAUCUUUCAUUAUCACCAACAUCAUCGACCAUGACAUCGCCAAUUAAACUUGAAAAUCAUCAAAAUCGACAGCUGCAGCAUUUUCAACAGCAUGGACCAAUGGGUAAAAAUCUUCAUUUAUCAGAAGUCAUCACGACUGCUGCGGCAACUCAUCCUCACCAUUACAAUGGCCUCGAUACGCAUCCCCAUAGCAUUGUUGAUCCGGCCGAAAUGACAAAAUUACUGAGUAAUAUUACAACAUCCACCAGUUCAGCAUUGAAAAUGAUUUCAACGUCAUCGACGAUUGAUUAUCCAAGUCGUUUAAAUCAUUUUUCAUGGGAAGAAAUCGAAGGACGAUACUUACCAGUAAUCUUCAGAAAUGAAAAUGAUUGUUUGCAACGGUAUACAUCCAAGAUGUUUGUUGAAAAUACUCUUUUUCAGAGUGAAUCGUGGCAACGACAUAUCGUCUUAGCUCGUUCACUUCCUCCAUUAAUAUCUUCUCCGUAUACCGAAAAUGAACUGAAACUCUUUCGUUUAAUUGUCGAAUGGCACUUAGCGGGUUUUCAUUUUAAAACAAUUUUACCGACCGAUUGUCUCAUUCGUUUUGAUGAUCUACUCGAUUUCUAUAGUGCGCUAAAAAAACUACGUGAUAACGUAUCAACUACAUCCUUUAACCGACAAAUUCCGCCAACACCAACACCAUCAGUUCCUUCUUUGAUACCAAUGGGACCUCCUAAACAACGUCUUCCCCCGUCUUCGAAUGGUUCAUCUCAAUCAUUUGAAUUACCGACCAUGGGAGGAAAUCCAUCAUUAAAAGUUAAUUCGCACCAUCGCCAGUCAUCAGCAACAGUACCUGGAAAAGCCUACCUUCCAUCAGUACACCAGUCCCAUCCAUCUAAUCAUCUUUUACAACAAAGUGCUGAUGUACUUGCAUCACUCGCUAAUCCAUCGUCUCAGCCAUUUAAUUAUCCUCCGUCGACGAUUAAAUCUAGCAUACCCAUAGCACCAUCGUCAUUUGCAGGCCAGUGGAAUGAAGGUUUAACGAAAAGUAAUGAUAAAAUUCGUUCGUCACUUCCACGACCGGGAAUUCCGUUGAAUAAUUCUCUUCCAAAAGAAUCAGCGCUAUGUGAUAAACGUUUUCUACCACAGAAGAUUCCUCAACAAACUCAUGAAAACCAUUCAAAUUACAUGCCGACGAAUCCUUCUCGUGAAACAAAAGAAUCUGGUUGGGUACAGAUCAACAACGUGUUCGUUCCUUACAUAGUCAAAAUCAAACUACGCGAGAAUGAACUCGAAAAAUGUUCAACUCGUCAACCACCACCACAAUUACAACGUGAAUUUUAUGUUCCGUAUGAAAUUUUAAUCAAAUGUAAUAUAUUUUCUGAUAAUGAAUUCGCAUUUAAAAAAUUUCUGAUCAAAGCUACUCAACAAGAUUUCGACAUUUUCAACAAUCUGAUAUCGAACAUCAAUAUCUUCGACGAGAAAGUUCCCGAAAAAACCCUUUUAGUCAAUCUCUAUCAUGUCAUGAUCGGUCUGCAAAGAAUUCUCUACGUGAAACUAUUAGCAACAAAACAACCGCGUACACAAGUCAAUAAAUUUCACAGUGAAGUUCUAACGCACAAAGGCGGAACUUUACUAAUGGAUGGAAAUAAACUUGUACCAUAUAUCAUCCAAAAUAAUCGCUUUUAUGUUCCAUUGAUGUAUGCUUAUCAUUCAUUACCACAGACUCUUUUACAAGCUAAACGAGGUGCGCGUGCACCGCGACAAUAUGAAAUCGAUUAUUUAAAUUUGUUAUUUCUCUAUUUUUCAAUCGAUUCACCUCCAUUGACACCUGAUACAUUACUUGUCGAUGCGUUCAGUAUCAAAUCUACAGAUUUACCAGCGCCAGUUCACUUUCAAACACUGAAUGAACAUCAACAGCAUGAACGACAUCGGCUACUAAACACACUCAUGCGUAUCAAUCAAACAAAUGCAAAAGUACCAAGUAAAUCUCAACAACAAGCAACAAAAUCAUCGGUAGUAGUACAUUCAUCUAUGCAAAAGUCGAGUAGAUGUUCAGCAACAAGUGUAGUUGUUAAUCCAUUAAUUCAUCAUCCAUCAUUUUAUGGUUUACCAUCAUCGACCUCACCAGUAAAACCCACUUCGUCGAGUUCUAUUCCGAUGAAUCCCUCAUUAUUACCAAUGGAAUUAGCAACAAAGCGACCGUUGCAGCAAGUGCAAUUAAAAACAAUUCAGUAUGAUAAUCGAACAUUGACUGCAAUUGUGAAAUCUUCUGAUUUGCCGAAAUCGGAUUGGAAAAUCUCCGUUCAGCAUAUUUUCGAUCGAUUUCUGUUUGACAUCAACUACGAGAAGUUCAUCCAAUGGUGCCAAACCAAUCUUCUUUUAUCUUUGAUAAAAUUAGAUGAUGAAGAGAAGAAAAUUGUCAAUGAUUAUCAAGAUGAUUAUUUUGUUUAUUUUCGUCAUCUUGAAAGAUGUACUGGUUUACUCAAUGAAUUGAAACGUGGAACAAUUAGUAUGACGCUGUUACCAUCAUCAAAUAAUGAAUCGCAACAACAACAACAACAAACUGAGGGCGGACCCGUGAAAUUGCAAUUAGCGGGAGCGAAAAAACGUAAAACAACAGUACCAACCACACGGCACGUUCCAUUUUCAUCUCAAUCACCACCCAUACCUGUGACCAAUAAUCCAAAUCCUGUCACGGUGAAUACUUCUUGUCGAUCACCUGAACUACUUACGAGCAUUGAGCCUACUCCUGCAAUACCAUCAUCAUCUCCACCUCCUCCUCUGGAUAAUUUACCAAUCGAAAAUGAUGAUGAUGAUGACAACGAUGAUUUUGAUGAAGGCAAAACUAAUGUAAUGCCGGUCGUCGCUGCUGUUCAAGAAGAACAAACAGUUCAAGAACCAAAUUCGUCAUUUUUAAUCGUUGAAUCAAACGAUGGAGAUGAUGGAAAAAUUCAUCUUGAUGAUACUCUACCUUCUUGUUCAUCAGGUUACGAAUCAGCUGCGGCAUUAACCAAUAUCGAUGUAAAUAUGCCUCACAAUGCCAGUAGUGAUGAUGACGAUGACGUUGAAGAUGAUGAUGAAACCAAUUCUAAUACUCAUUCUCCAACAUGUCAAUCCGAACAUUCAUUAACGCCAAUUUUAUCAACAGUUUCAUCGAAUGUCGCUUUGGAUUUAAAUCAUGCAGAAUCAACUCAUCUAUCACCGGUGAUAUCCAAUCAAAAACUAAAUCUUCGACAACGUAACAAACAAGACAAAUGUCGUGCGCGAUCACCUUCGCCCAUGCCACGUCAUACCAAGAGAAAACGUUCAUCAAAUGAACAAGAUCUUCCAGGAAAUACUAUCACAAGCGAGCAAAUUGAACACCAUUUACGAACGUUACUAACACCUGUCAAUGAACAGCAACGACGUACACGAACAAGACCUAUCAAAACUCCCGUCCGUCUUGUCGAAGAAAUCGCUUCAACCAAUCCUGUCAAAUCAAACGAUAUAGAUCAUCAUUUUGAUUCAUAUUCAACUUCUCCAUCUGUGACAUCACCUGAUGCGAUAACGAAAUCUUACAAUAAUGAUUCAAGUCUGACUCCACACACCCAUGAAACAUGCACAUAUAAUGUCACCAUAUCUACGAAACCUAAUAAAUUAGGUUUAACUAUAAAGAAAGUGAUUCAACGAUAA